UGUUUAUGUUGUAAAUAUAUUUGCAUAUGUUGUAUAUGGAAAACUGCAUAGGAUGGAGUCAACCUAGACUGAGAUGUAGAUAGCGUUCACAGCAGCAAUUCUGACAGAUUUAGCAGCACUGUCCGACUUCAUUAUCAAAGAUUACAUACAGGAAAUGGCCCCCCACAACACACGGAGAGGUAAAACUACCAGAAACUAGAUUACAAGGUAUCUGUGUACUCUCUAAAAUACAAAUACAGAAAAAGAUGGGAGGCUUUGGAGGAAGAUCGAGUUUUCUACAUUUAAAUGCAUCUCUCCAAUUUCUGUCUCAUAUAUUAUUCCAAUGAAGUGUAAUGCAUACAAUGAACUCUCACAAUAAACCAAAAUUAUUCAGGAGCAUUUUUUUUAAAUAAUAAAGUUGCAGAGAAAGGAUAUCAUUGCAAAAGUAUAGCUAUCACAUAGCAUGUAGUUAGCUAUUAAAGCAAGCAUUUUAUUUCUGUAGAUAUUCCCCAUGGGAAACAUUCAGACUAAGGUAUCUGACUUUGAUUGUUAGCUAUCAGCAGACUGACUUAAUGAAUAAACAUUAUUAGAAGGCUGUUCAUACUUUAGAUUGCUUUUUCCAUCACAGGACUGAAUUGCCUGAACUGUACAUAUCAUAAAUUGAUAAAAGCAGCCUCGGUUUUCAUGGAUACUUUUGUUGAACUGCUUUUGGCUCUGGUCAGGAAAAGUUUUAACUUCCUUGUACAGAAGGAAGGUAGAGUUCAAGUAUGAUUUUUCAGCCUUAAUAAAUAUUUUACGGUUCUUUUUCAGUCUUUUCUUCAUUUUGAUUAAUUCCACCAAUACUGCAGAAACCUGUACUGAUAGCACAGCUGUUUUGGAAUCAGUUCUUUUUAAAAGAUAAAUGCAUAUAUGCAAGCAAACACAGAUAUUUAUAAAGUGCCCAAUUGGACCACAGCAAGAUAUAACGAUAUCUUGAGGUCAAAAAGAUUAAAAUCCUUGAAGUUAAAACCAUAGAAUCACCUCUGGAGAUUUUUUUGCCUUACUAUUAUGUGCUUGGAUGCUUUCUGGGAAAUAAAUAAAAAAAAGAUAUUGUUGAUUUUCUUCCUUCUGGGUAAUAGAUAUGCUUUCCAUUAGGAUACUGCAGAAGAAAGACAGCAUGAAAACCACUUCUCCGCAGCAUCUGGACCAAAGUAAAAUACGAAAUGGCCAGAUUGCUUUUAGGAAUUAACCAGAACUCUGCUCAGCUUCCCCCUGGAAGCAUUUUCUUUCUGAUGACAAGCCAUGGCACGCUGAACACCAUGUUUGCAAAGACUGGUUCUGAAAAUGGUGCUCAUGUAACAUGGGACAUUAAAACUCAGAUAUCAAAAUUAAACUAGUAUUUUAAAUUGUAGAGUUUUUCACAUUAUUUCAGUGGACAGUACUAGAUUUUUUCCCUCUGGUCUCUUCUGAAAAUUUGGCUAUAUACCUUACAACUAUCCAUUCACAUGGCCUUACCAGUAACUUCAAACUUGUUAGUGAAUUUCUAUAAAAUUUGGCAGUUGAAUGACAACUCUUUCUGAAGAUUUGUGAGAACAGUGCUCAGUGGAAGCCAGAAUCAAUUUAUUCUUCUAUUUAAAAAGAUACGGCAGGUAAAACUCAAAUGCCAUUUAUGUCAUUGGCUUAACAUUAGUCAAAUAGUAUGUACAUAGUUAGGACAUAGUUAGGACCAGAACAAAACAUCUCCUACUUAGUGAGUGAUUGACUCAGAAAGGACCUCAGUAGACUGCAUCCUUGGCCUAGUACAAAGAAUGUUAAAUGAUCCAAAAAAUAUUCCAGCUCUUCUUAACCUAUAAAAACACUUCUGGUACUUCCGAAUUCACUGUUCUGCUUUACUUCUGUGGGAAGUCCAAGAACAUAAUAUUUGAAGAAAUUAAAUCCAGUUUCUCUUUCGACAUCAUUGAGAAAACCACAAAACCUCCGCUGCAGCUUUGACUUUGACAUGGAAUGCACUUUCUGCUCACUGUAAAUAGCAAAAUAAUACUCAUUUAAGUGUGAAAUUCAGGAUAGUUAGUAUGAGCAUGAAUCCUAGAUCUUUCAUUUUUGUCCCAUGUUUUGCCCUCUUCCAAUUUUAUCAAUUUUGCAUUUUAGCAUCUAUGUCAAUGAGUAAUGUUUUUACAUCUGUGAACUGCUGAAUCACUUUCAUUUGGCAGCCACAGGACAUACUCAGAUAUAUUAAGCCCAGGUUCAGAGAAAGCACUAAGGCCUGGUUUGCAGUGCGACGCACCUGAGUGACUGGAAAGGGUGGAGCCAGAAUCCACCCCUCCUCACCCUCAUUUAAGGGUUGGCAGCCAGGGAGCAGUAUCUGUCUGGAUAGACAUUGUACUUCUCUUGAGCUGUAACUUGCUGUUGGAAGGGGAGAGCAAAUUUUUCUUUCUUUAUUACCUCUUAUUGCUCCAUAGUGCCUGUAUCCCAUUCAAAGGCACUGUCAUCACCUUCUUUUGCUAUAUAGUAGGAAUACCUCAGCAGAGAAUAAUUCAAUAAUCUGUUGUGACCAUGUUAAGGUGAACAGAAGAAAAAUUAUGAGUUCACAUUGUUAAUUUUUCUCUGCUUUUCAGGUGUCAUGGGAAAGAAAAAAAUACAAUGUAUAAUGUUGUCAGAGUUCAAAGGUUUCCAACCAUGAUUUUUUCAGACACUCCACAUGUGGAGAACAUGUUUAACAUCAAAUUUACCUGUUCAAAGCAGAUACAAGGAACAAUUUUCCCAGCUCCAAAUUUUAACCCUAUUAUGGAUGCUCAGUUGCUAGGAGGAGCCCUACAGGGAAUUAGUUGUGAAAAAGACGUGUUGAUUGACAUCCUAACACAGCGUUGCAAUUCACAGCGGCUUAUGAUUGCUGAGGCAUACAGAGACAUGUAUGGCAGGGAUUUGAUGACAGACUUAAAAGAGAAUCUCUCUCAUCACUUCAAAGAAGUGAUGGUUGGCCUAAUGUAUCCACCCGCAUCCUAUGAUGCCCACGAGCUCUGGCAUGCACUGAAGGGAGUAAACACAGAAGAAAAAUGUCUAAUUGACAUAUUGGCCUCAAGAUCAAAUAUGGAGAUAUUCCAGAUGAAAGAAGCCUACUUAAUGCAAUACAACAAUGAUCUUCAACAAGAUAUCGAUUCUGAGACUUCAGGUCACUUCAGAGAUACUCUUAUGAACCUUGCUCAGGGAACAAGAAUGGAAGGAUAUGCAGAUCCUUCUUCAGCUGCUCAGGAUGCAAUGAUUCUAUGGGAAGCCUGUCAGCAGAAAACAGGCGAACACAAAAACAUGCUGCAAAUGAUACUGUGCAACAGGAGUUACCAGCAGUUGUGGAUGGUUUUCCAGGAGUUCCAAAAUAUCUCGGGGCAAGACCUAGUAGAUGCCAUUAACAACUGCUACGAUGGAUACUUCCAAGAAUUACUGGUUGCAAUAGUUCUCUGUGUCCGUGACAAGCCUUCCUACUUCGCUUAUAGGCUUUAUAAUGCGAUUCAUGUUCUUUUAUCUUUGCGUAUAAGUACUAACACACUAAAUCACAUGAAUGCCAAGAAGAAAUGUAGGUAAAUGAAGAGAAACAUCUACAAAUUAUUCCUACAAGAAGUCAGUGAAGACAUUUCCUUUUUUCUCAUUCAUUAAUGAAAAUAAGAUAUUGUUAUUUAAAAAAUAAAGUUCAAUCUCUUACGUAUAAUCUUGAAAGUAUAAUCUUUUACAUGUUGUCUAUAGAAGAUGGUCAUAAAAGUCAGCCAUGGGUAAAAUAUUAAGGAUCAUUUUAGAACAGGAAUGCAAAAGAUUAGAUUCAAGCCAAAACCAUAGAGCAAAACUAUUCAGCAACACUUAAGCAGAGCCCCAGUGUCUUCCUCCAGAUGCUGCUGCUACUACUGUCACCCGUUUUAAUCAAACCUGCAACAGGUGACAGCAAAGAAACAAGGAAAAUCCUGUGGGUAUUGGGAAGAGGUAUUAUUUCGAACGGCCAAAAGAGGAUUCUGGCACAUGAUGUGAAAAAGUGUUGCCAAAAGUACCAGCUAUCAGGAAAAGUGAUGUUUCUCAAAGGUCCUGUGGAGAUUGUUUACAGACAAUAUGUGAGUGAAGCAUUCAGGUAACUUGAAAAAGUUUUGAAGGAUUAAGAAUAAACAUCUAAAUCUUGUUUUAAUUAAUAUCUAUCUCUGUUUUCACAAACUGCUUCAAUGAACACAUGAUUCUUGGAAGAAAUGCAAGAUCUAAAUUUUGUCUACUCUUGCAGUCAAGCCAAGUCCAGACUACAACAAAAGCUUUUUACGUAUCCAUUGCAAUACAACAAAAUUCAUACUGGAUUCUCAUGUUUGAAAUCACAGUCCAUAAUGGUUUAUAGGAAAGAUUUCAAUCUAGACAUCAAAUGGUAAUCAAAUUCCGCAUCUGUAGCUUUAUUAUUAUCACUUACUAUUUGCCUUUUGGGUGAUGAGAUCUCAAUAUGAAGGGAUAGAUCAUAAAAUUACACAUUUGGCUUUACGCAACCUAUAUUGGUCACAAGGACCGCAAAGCUGUUUUGAUUACUUUUAUCGCCACUAGAUGUCUUCAUUCUCCACACAAUUACAAUAUGAAUAUUUGUUUAGAAACGGUUGAAAUAAAACAGCAGAAAACAAGUUAUGUAAAUUCCAAAUCAGUGAUUAAAGAUCUCACUGAAUUUACAGUGGGGAGCAGUUGUUGUGAAACAGAUUAUUGACUUCAGAACAGUUUGAAUGAACUCGGUAAUGAGUCACAACAGCUAAUUGUAAAACAGGUUAUCUAUGACUACUGGCAAAAGUUUGUAUAUUUUAUUUUUGAAAGCUUCAUUCCAUAGUUAAAACACUCUACAUAUGAGAAUCUCUCCUAUUCACUGAUAUGAAUUCUAUUUUUCAGACAUGUGAAAACCGUAGAAUAAAGCCUCUGAAUGCCUAGACAUUUAAAAUCUUGAGUAUCUUUACAGGCAGCCUAUUAUGAAGAAUUAAAAUAAUCAUAUACAGAUAGGCAAACAUAUAUUGCCCAAUUGCCAAGUUUCUUCACGUAUUCUUCUCUU